UUAAAAGUGUGCACCACCACCACUGCCUGGCCUAGGACCUGGGUUCUUGAUAAUCAAAGACUUGAAACCCUUGCUUGGGUGGGUAGGUAUUGAUCUUUGCCUUUUCCUCCUAGUCUGCUUUCUUGCAGGGGAGACAUGGAAUCGCCUCAUCACCCAUCCAAACUUUCUUUUUCUUCAUUGUUUUUCCCAAUUUACAGCCUUGCCCCUGCACUGGGCUCAGGGAACCUCUCACUCUCCCCACUGAAGGGUCUCCAUGUGGGAAGUGUUUGCAGCGUCCCAGGAAUUUCUGAUUGCAGUCCCGUGGGAUCCCAGCCCUAAGCUUUACAGAACGCUUGUGGGACAUUCCCCUUGUGAGUCCCGGAGCUGUGGCCAGAUAGGACAAGGCCACUUCUCACCCAUUUAUAGCCUGUGUCCAGAGCUUAAGACAAGCAAAUAAACAAAAGUAGAGUCCUCUGUGUCUUCCAACUGCUGCUCCCAUAUUCCAAGGUACUCUUCCUGAAUAGGAUGUCUCUACCCUGACAGUGGGAUUGGGACUGGCGUGUAGGCUGAGAAGCCUCUGUAGCUAGCUCCUAUCCAGAUUAGGCCAGUGGUAGAGGAAGCUGACCAGAGGCACAGGGCUCAGGGGAGGAUGGCGGGUCUCCCUCCUUGUCUCUCCUCCUACCCUUAGGCCAGCCAGGCUGUGUACUUUCUGUCCCCUACGGCUGUGGUUUUAAGGAGAGUUGGCCCCUCCCUUCCAGGCUGCCUUGACCUGUCUCUUUUUCUUCCCGUUGAGAUCCCUGGAUGUGGGUGGGCCUCACUGGCACUGAAGAGGUUAAGGUCCUGUUAGAAUUAGAGUUCUUCUCACCUCCCAACUCCUCCUGCUCCUUCUCUGGAUUUCUGAACUCCCCUGAACUCUCCCGGCCCCCUCCUUGGGGCCAUCCCAGGGUCUCCCCUGCUUAUAGCUGCACUUGGUACAGCCCAUGCCAGCCCCUGAGCUGUCCUGGGGGACCGGCUGCAGCUUCACGAGGCAAACAGGCAGGCAAGGGGCGCAGGGCUGCUGACCAGAGCACUCUUGAACUCUGCAGAGGCUCGAGGUGGGCUGGGGGCCUCUCCGCUGCAGUCUGCCCGAUCCCUGCCGGGCACUGCCCCCUGCCUCAAGCACUUCCCGCUCGACCUUCGCACGUCUAUGGAUGGCAAAUGCAAGGAGAUUGCCGAGGAGUUGUUCAGCCGCUCACUGGCCGAGAGUGAGCUCCGCAGCGCGCCUUACGAGUUCCCCGAGGCAAGCCCCAUCGAGCAGCUGGAGGAGCGGAGGCAGCGGCUGGAGCGGCAGAUCAGCCAGGAUGUCAAGCUGGAGCCGGACAUUCUGCUUCGGGCCAAACAAGAUUUCCUGAAGACGGACAGUGACUCGGACUUACAGCUCUACAAGGAGCAAGGAGAGGGCCAGGGUGACAGGGGCCUCUGGGAGCGUGAUGCCGUGCUGGAACGGGAAUUUCAGCGGGUCACCAUCUCUGGGGAGGAGAAGUGCGGGGUGCCAUUCACGGACCUGUUGGAUGCAGCCAAAAGUGUGGUGCGGGCCCUUUUCAUCCGGGAGAAGUACAUGGCCCUGGCCCUGCAGAGCUUCUGUCCCACCACCCGCCGUUACCUGCAGCAGCUGGCUGAGAAGCCCCUGGAGACUCGAACCUACGAGCAGAGCCCCGAUACCCCUGUGUCUGCUGAUGCCCCAGUGCACCCCCCUGCGCUGGAGCAGCACCCCUAUGAGCACUGUGAGCCAAGCACCAUGCCUGGGGACCUGGGAUUGGGUCUGCGCAUGGUGCGCGGUGUGGUGCAUGUCUACACCCGCAGGGACCCUGAUGAGCACUGUCCAGAGGUGGAGCUUCCAUACCCUGACCUACAGGAAUUUGUCGCUGACGUCAAUGUGCUGAUGGCCCUGAUCAUCAAUGGCCCCAUAAAGUCCUUCUGCUACCGCCGGCUACAGUACCUGAGCUCCAAGUUCCAGAUGCACGUGCUGCUCAACGAGAUGAAGGAGCUGGCCGCUCAGAAGAAAGUGCCGCACCGAGACUUCUACAACAUCCGUAAGGUGGACACGCACAUCCAUGCCUCGUCCUGCAUGAACCAGAAGCAUCUGCUGCGCUUCAUCAAGCGGGCAAUGAAGCGACAUCUGGAGGAGAUUGUGCACGUGGAGCAGGGCCGCGAGCAGACGCUGCGAGAGGUCUUCGAGAGCAUGAACCUCACUGCCUAUGACUUGAGUGUGGACACACUUGAUGUGCACGCGGACAGGAAUACCUUUCAUCGAUUUGACAAAUUCAACGCCAAAUACAACCCUAUUGGGGAGUCUGUCCUCCGAGAGAUCUUCAUCAAAACCGACAACAAGAUCUCUGGGAAGUACUUCGCUCACAUCAUCAAGGAGGUGAUGUCAGACCUGGAGGAGAGCAAAUACCAGAACGCAGAGCUCCGGCUGUCCAUCUACGGGCGUUCGAGGGACGAGUGGGACAAGCUGGCGCGCUGGGCGGUGAUGCACAGGGUGCACUCUCCCAACGUGCGCUGGCUGGUGCAGGUGCCCCGCCUCUUUGACGUGUACCGCACCAAGGGCCAGCUGGCCAACUUCCAAGAGAUGCUGGAGAACAUCUUUCUGCCGCUGUUCGAGGCCACCGUGCACCCUGCCAGCCACCCAGAGCUGCACCUCUUUCUGGAGCACGUGGACGGUUUUGACAGUGUGGAUGAUGAGUCCAAGCCAGAGAACCACGUCUUCAACCUGGAGAGCCCCCUCCCAGAAGCUUGGGUGGAGGAGGACAACCCCCCCUACGCCUACUACCUCUACUACACCUUCGCUAACAUGGCCGUGCUGAACCAUCUGCGCAGGCAGAGGGGUUUCCACACGUUUGUGCUGAGGCCGCACUGCGGGGAGGCUGGGCCCAUCCAUCACCUGGUGUCAGCCUUCAUGCUGGCCGAGAACAUCUCCCACGGUCUGCUUCUGCGCAAGGCCCCCGUCCUGCAGUACCUGUAUUACCUGGCUCAGAUCGGCAUCGCCAUGUCUCCGCUCAGCAACAACAGCCUGUUCCUGAGCUACCACCGGAACCCUCUACCUGAGUACUUGUCCCGGGGCCUCAUGGUCUCGCUGUCCACAGAUGACCCCCUGCAGUUCCACUUUACCAAGGAACCCCUGAUGGAGGAGUACAGCAUCGCCACUCAGGUGUGGAAGCUCAGCUCCUGUGACAUGUGUGAGCUGGCCCGUAACAGCGUGCUCAUGAGUGGCUUCUCCCACAAGGUAAAAAGCCACUGGCUGGGACCCAACUAUACCAAGGAGGGCCCUGAGGGCAACGACAUCCGCCGCACCAAUGUGCCAGACAUCCGAGUGGGCUACCGCCAUGAGACCUUGUGCCAGGAGCUGGCGCUUAUCACACAGGCCGUCCAGAGUGAGAUGCUGGAGACCAUCCCAGAGGAAGUGGGCCUCAUCAUGAGCCCGGGGCCUUAGUGAACCUGGUCCACGCAGUGCUUGUCCCAUCUCAGCAACUUGAUCGUGUCUGUGAUUGGACCCCUCCCACCCGGCGUGGUCCCUGCAUGUCUCCGUUCUGUGUCUCUGUCCUGCAUGUCUUUGACCAUGUCUUGCCUCUGGGCCACCUUUCAAUGAGAGCAAGUCCAGGAAUCUGCCUCACUGUUGUCUUGUCUCAGGUGGGACCUGAUGGCUGCUGAGAUUUAAGGGCUGGCCCUGCUAGUGACCCGUCCCAGGAUUGUCAGAAGUCCGGCUGUUCUCUGGUGUCUUCAGUGUCCACAGGGGCUUGGGAUAGUUGUGUGGGGCUGGUCCCGUUAGCCUCGGGAGCCCUACCUCGGCAAAUCCAGGCUUUGGCUAGAGUUCAAAGUUGAGUUCCCCUCUGGUUUACGUGGCCAUGGGGCAGUCAGGAGGGGCUCAGUAACCCUCUGUUGUGGUACUGGCCUCUCAGUCUCUGUGAAGUUGUGGCCCAUCUGUGCUGGGCAGAGCAGGACUUGGGCUUGCUCAUGGCCCUGGAGGCCUGGCCUAAGGGGCUGGACCACUGCCCCUGCCAAGUCACUGCCCAUCAGCCUCCUCUGUUUCUCUCCGGUCCACAUGUUCCUUUGUAACCAGCUCCCUUGUACCCCUGUGGGAGGGGGCAGCCGCCCAGAUUGUGUGUCUACAUUUGGAGGCUACUACAGUUGUAGGGUACUGGGUCUGCCAUUAGCCCUGGGGGUGGUACCACCUUCGAGGGGUUCCUGGUCUUUGACUAGAUCCAGAUCCCAGUUGGCCUCUUGCGUUAUGUUCUAGACCAAGGCCUUUGCUAUGAAGAACAGUGUUUCAUAUGACCCAUUUUCCUAGUGCAUGAGAAAUAAAGAUUAUUUAAGUAAUGA